GUGGCAAGGAAAACAAGAUGCCAAUCCUCAUCUCCAAAAUCUUUAAAGGCCUGGCUGCUGACCAGACCGAGGCCCUUUAUGUUGGUGAUGCCAUACUCUCUGUCAAUGGUUACGACUUACGAGAGGCCACACAUGACGAGGCUGUGCAAGCGUUAAAAAAAACGGGGAAAGAAGUCAUCCUUGAAGUGAAGUACAUCAAGGAGAUGUCUGCCUUCUUUAAAAGCUCUGGGUCCCCUGGAGCAGGUCUCCCGUGGGAUUCUCCCCCUUCCACACCUCAAAGGGGCACUGAGCUCUCCCCUGCUGAGGUGAAGGAGCCCCGGAGCAUCUCGCUGAGGAUGUGCCAGGUGUCACGAAAACAGUGCCCUCCAGACACAGAAAACAGGUAUUUUGAGGUGAUUUCAUCCAACAGAAAGAACUCUGUGUUCCUGAGGGCAAAAGAUCCUGCCAUGGCCCAAUCCUGGUACAAUGCCAUCCAGGCUGGUGCUGCCAGCCUUUUACCACGAAUGAAGGAGGAGAUGAGGAGCAUGCAGCCUGGCAUGGAAGUCAAACAUCUGGGCUGGAUUACAGAGCAGGUAUCUCAGGGUCCAGAGAAACCCGUACUGGCUGUGCUGACUGACAAGGACCUGCUCUUGUAUCCCUCGUGUCCUGAAAGCAAAGAGAGCCUCAACAAUCCGACAAAGAGCCACCCGCUCAUCACCACCAGACUGGUCCACUCUGGUCCAGGAAAAAGCUCUCCAGUCUUGGAUUCUGAGCUGUCAUUUGGCCUACGUUCAGGCACAAAGCAAGGCGUGGAGACACAUGUUUUUAGGGUGGAUUCUGCUAAGGAGCUGUCGACCUGGACUCAUCUGCUGGUGGAGGGUUGCCACAAUGCUGCUGAGCUUACCAAGGAGGUCACCACGGUCUGCAGUUGGAAUGGGAAAGAGUGCAUGCUGGGAGUUCACAUCGAUGACGGUUUUACACUAUUCACCGAAGAAAUGGGUGUCAGGAAGAAUAUUCUCCUCCAGCAGCCUUUUGAGCGCCUCAGAAUGUCCUCAGAUGACGGUGUUCGGAUGAUGUUCCUUGAUUUUGGAGGUCCCGAGGCUGAGAUACAACUGGACCUGCAUUGUUGCCCUAAGACCUUAGUCUUCAUAAUCCACUCUUUCCUGUCUGCUAAGGUCAAGCGACUUGGUCUCUUGGCAUGAUAAAGGCCAACUAUCCGGAACGUCACAAUAGGAAUAUUCAAUAAAGUUUAUGGUACAGCCUGGGAACUCUGAAACUCCAGACGAUGGGGGACUUGGAAAUGAUGCUGACAAGCCUUCCUAAGCCUCUACAAAUCAUCUUUGGUCAGGCAUCUCCUGAUCCUUCUAUGGAAUGAACUGCAGCAAUGCAACGAUGGUUGUUUGUUGAACUUGUAUUUGUAAGGUAAAAAGUUGGUGCAAGUCAGUAGCCACUUAAGGGAGCUUGCAUCUGUCAAAUCUGUCACAGUAUGUCAUGACACUUUGUGAUGACAAACUGUACGAGUACGACUGCCUGUAUC